GGGGCCUCUCUCAAACAAUGGACCUGCAUGGUGGCUCUGAACAAAGGAACAAACAAUUGUACAAACAUAGCCCUGGGUGAGAUGUAGGUCGGCUGCUGGAGGAGUGAAUUACGACGGUCUGAGCAGACUUGAAGAUGUGGGGAAACCGGGGGAUCUUGCUGUCCCACUUGUGCAGCAGCAGCUUCCCUCUGCUCUGGAUCUUCGUCGGCUUGAACGUGCUGGAGGUGGCGGGGUCCCAGCAAGGAAUCCCCCUGUCCGUCGUAAAGCUCUGGGCCUCAGCAUUCGGUGGAGAAAUUAAAUCAAUCUCUGCAAAAUAUUCGGGAUCCCAACUGCUGCAGAAGGAGCUGUGGGCUAUCACGGCGCCUCGUCCGGGGACCAACUCCAGCUCCGAGGUCAGUGCCUCAGGCAAGGGCAGCAGGAUAAAUCCCAAAAACUCUGCCGCAUGUCUUGGAGCGUGGGAGGAAGGCGGAUCAACCAGAGGAAGUCCACGCAAACACGGGGAGAGCAUUCAAACUGCGUUCAGAAAGCGGCUCCAGGGUCAGAACCUCGGACCCCCUUGCUCUGAGAAAUAUAAAGAAUUUGAUAAGUCAGUGAGAGUGGAAGAAAUCGAUGGCGUGAAACUGGUCAAAAAUCUUGCUGUGAAGAUGGAGGAAAUGUUCCGGAAAAAGGCGGAGGCCACCAGGCGGCUGGUGGAGGCAGCAGAAGAAGCUCACCAUCAACACGAGGACAACCCCGAACUGCAGUACGAGUACUUCAACGCUGUGCUGAUCAAUGAAGUGGACGAGGAGGGAAAUAACGUGGACCUGGGCGGAGAGUUCCUCCUUGAGCCCAACGAUCAUUUCAAUAACCUGUCGGUCAACCUGAGCCUCAGUGUGGUGCAGGUGCCCACCAACAUGUACAACAAAGAUCCCGACAUAGUGAACGGAGUGUACUGGUCGGAGGCCUUGAAUAAAGUGUUUGUGGAUAAUUUUGAGAGAGACCCCACACUCAUCUGGCAGUACUUUGGCAGUGCCAAGGGUUUCUUCAGGCAGUACCCCGGAGUGAAGUGGCAUCCAGACGAACACGGUGUCAUCGGCUUCGACUGCAGGAAUCGGAAGUGGUACAUCCAGGCAGCAACGUCUCCAAAGGAUGUAGUUAUCUUAGUCGAUGUGAGUGGGAGUAUGAAAGGACUGAGGCUGACCAUUGCCAGACAGACUGUCUCAUCCAUAUUGGACACACUGGGAGAAGACGACUUCUUCAACAUCAUUGCUUAUAAUCAGGAGAUUCACUACGUGGAGCCCUGUUUGAAUGGCACGCUGGUGCGGGCCGACAGAACCAAUAAAGACCAUUUCCGCGAACAUCUGGACAAACUGUUUGCCAAAGGGAUCGGGCUGCUGGGGGUAGCUCUGACCGAAGCGUUCACGAUCCUGAGUGAUUUUAACCAGACUGGUCGUGGCAGUUUGUGCAGCCAGGCCAUAAUGCUUGUGACCGACGGGGCGACUGAGAUGUACGACGACGUAUUUGAGAGGCACAAUUGGCCAGAAAGAAAGGUGCGCAUAUUCCCUUACCUGAUCGGACGCGAGUCUGCGUUUGCUGAUAACCUGAAAUGGAUGGCUUGUGCCAACAAAGGGUAUUUCAGUCAGAUCUCUACCUUAGCCGACGUCCAGGAGAACGUGAUGAGGUAUCUACACGUCAUGAGCCGACCGAAGGUCAUCGAUCACGAGCACGACACAGUGUGGACUGAAGCUUACGUGGACAGUGCUCUUUCCCAGGCUCAUAAAUUGAAGGCCAAGUCGGGUCCAAGCCUGAUGACUACAGUAGCCAUGCCUGUCUUCAGCACAAAGAAUGAAACGAAGAACCAGGGUAUUCUGUUGGGGGUCGUAGGAACAGACAUCCCUCUGCAGGAGCUGAUGAAGCUCAUCCCCAAACAUAUGUUGGGGAUCCAUGGAUAUGUAUUUGCCAUCACCAACAAUGGCUACAUCCUGACACAUCCGGACCUCAGGCCUUUGUAUCAGCAGGGUCAGAAGAGAAGGAAGCCCAACUACAGCAGCGUGGAUCUCUCUGAGGUGGAGUGGGAGGACAAAGAUGACUCUCUACGUAACGCCAUGGUGAACAGGAAGACAGGGACUUUCUCCAUGGAGGUGAAGAAGACGGUAGACAGAGGGAGGCGCGUCCUGAAAAUGCACAAUGACUAUUACUACACCGACAUCAAGGGAACUCCGUUCAGUGUCGGAGUUGCUCUUUCCAGAGGCCACGGAAAAUACUUCUUCAGAGGAAAUGUGUCACUCGAAGCAGGGCUCCGUGAUCUGGAACAGCCAGAUGUCGCCCUGGCGGACGAAUGGACCUACUGCAACACAGAGGAGCAGCACGAGCAUCGUCACCUGACCCAGAUUCAAGCCAUCAAGCUCUUCCUGACGGGCCGCAGACAGCACCUCAAAUGUGACAGAGAGCUGAUCCAGGAGGUUUUGUUUGAUGCUGUGGUGACCGCUCCACUGGAGGCCUACUGGACUGGACUGGCCCUCAACAAGUCAGAGAACUCGGACAAAGGAGUGGAGAUUGCCUUCCUGGGAACACGCACUGGGCUGUCGAGGACCAACUUGUUUGUGCCCGCCGAUCAGCUCUCCAAUCAAGAUUUCCUGACAGCGGAGGACAAGGAGGGUGUGUUUAAUGCUGAUCACUUCCCUCUGUGGUACAAGAGAGCGGCGGAGCAGGUCCCCGGCACAUUUAUCUACUCCAUUCCCUUCAGCGCAGCUUUGGACAAUAAGAGUGUGGUUUUGGCCAGUACAGCGAUCCAGCUCCUCGAUGACAGAAAGUCACCAAUUGUUGCAGCUGUAGGGAUCCAGAUGAAGCUUGAGUUCUUCCAGAGGAAGUUCUGGACUGCCUGCAGACAGUGUACAGCUCUGGAUGGAAAAUGUAGCAUUAGCUGUGAUAACGAGGACAUCAACUGUUAUCUCAUUGACAACAAUGGCUUCAUUCUUGUCACAGAAGAGCAAUCUCAGACAGGGCUUUUCUUUGGAGAGGUGGAAGGUGCUGUUAUGACCAAACUUCUACAAAUGGGGUCCUUCAAAAGGAUCACGCUGUACGACUACCAGGCCCUUUGCAGAGAGUACGCUGGGAGCAGCGACAGCGCGCGCACCUUAUCGGAUCCUUUCUCGGUGGUUAAGUGGCUUCUGGCUGAACUUGUCAUUUUUCUGCUGGAAUUUAACCUGUACAGUUGGUGGCAUGUCGACCUGUCAGUUAAAGCUCAGAGGUCUCGGGGUAAAACCAUGAUGGUUCCAUGUGACACAGAAUACCCUGCUUUUGUCUCUGAACGCACCAUCAAAGAAACAACUGGCAACAUUGACUGCGAGGGCUGCGUCAGAUCUUUUGUCAUACAGCAGAUUCCAAGCAGCAACCUGUUCAUGGUUGUCGUGGACAACAAGUGUGACUGUAGCAGUGCUCCCCCAGUAACCAUGGAUCCCAUCGAGAUCAUGUACAACGAGUCACUGAAAUGUGACAGACUGAAGUUUCAGAAGGACAGAAAGAAACCGGAGUCAUGUCAUCCUUUCCAUCCGGAGGAAAAUGCCAUGGAGUGUGGUUCAGCAACUGGCCUCUCCAGUCCUCUAACAGCAGCUUUGCUCCCUCUGGUAGUAGCCGCCAUCAGCAGGUGACCAUCAGCAGCAGGAGUGGACAUCAGUAAGGACUAGCUCAACUAGAAUAUGCUUAGAAACACAUAGAGAACAUGGCCAAUAAGAAAUUAAUUUGCUCAUAGCACUGCAAAUGGCAGCGCUCUACUUAGAAAAAAAACUUUACCUGUAGCACUGAGACUCACCUCCAUUAAUGCAGAAAACAUAAAUGAUGUGGUGCAGCAGAAGGAGAAAGUGAGAUUAAUGGGAGUGCUUGGUGACUUUGCUCGGAGCUUUGCAGUUCACGUCACUGACAGUUUGCCAUUUGACAUAUUGUCCUGAAAGUGCGCGGAAAUUAAAUAAGACAACGUGUAUGUCCACAGUCAAAACAAAUGCAUAGGAGCACAGAAAACAAGUCCUUUGUGCAAAUGCUGAAAGUCAAACAUCAAAUAUGUUUCUUUGUUGCAAAGCAAAAAAUGAAAGUCAAUGUUAAAGUCUGCAGAAUGUACAAUGCACUUUUGUCGUGUGAAAAGAAAGCAGAGCGGUCUGUAUGUCGGGCAUUAAAAUGCUAAAAACAAUUGACAGUGCCGUCAUACUUUUCUCCUUUAAAUAUUAUAAGUUUAUUUUGUAACCAAGUUCUUUUUGGUGUUGAUAAUAAUAUGGAUCAUGUAAAAUAUCAGAGACAACAGAACAUUUGAACUUCUCCUCUGUCAGUUUCUCCUUGUUUUAAAGCAGAAGAUGGUUCAGACAAGCUAAAGAUGCAUGAUGAAGAUUUAACAGUGUUUAAGAAAGUCACAUUCAUACAUGCAGCCGUAAUUUGUUGAGGUGACCGCGAAACAAUAUGUUUGAGAGAGCUGACGAAUAAAUACAAAGAAAUAUUUUA